CCGACGUCCAUUCAUAGUGUUUUUAUACAUUGCGUUGGGGUCGGCGGCGAGAUCUCUCCCCGAUCCAAACCGAUCCGAUCCGAUCCGUUCCGUUCCCGAUCCACGGCGAUCCGCAGAAUCAGUCAAGAGCCAGAGCCCGCCCGAUCGGCGUUCGUUAUACUUUUUUCGCGAGUGAGUUUUUCGCGAGAGAGCGCGGAGGAGGUGGAAAAUCCCACGGUUGUUAUAGCCACCGCUAUAUACUCGUAGCACUCACCGAGUUUACGUUCUCGUGGCGAUCGGCUGGCGAUCCCUCAGAUCCGUACGAACGGUCAGUCAGCGCGAGUGUUUCGAUCGCGAGAAGAAUUCGCUGGUGGAUAAUGUUGGGAACAUGGGAAAAACGGGCGCAAAGGAUGCGCCACAACCUCAAGAAAGAACAAAAUUAAAAAACGUAUAAAAAAUCAGAGUAAAAAACAAAAUAAAACCGAAAAAAACCAGGAGAUCCAGCCAGAAGGCAACACCAAGCCACGAAUAUAAAAAAAAAAGCUAAAUAAAAAGUGCGGACAAAAAGCAGAGUCGCGCGCUUCUCGGGUCUUCGGUCUGGGAUUCUGAUUAAAGCGCGCGUUUAAUUUCGUUUUUUUACGCUACUCCCUGGAUAUCCUCCAAUAUAUAUAUAUAUAUUUAUAUAUACCCCCUAUAUCCUCCCCUCUUUAACGCAAAAAGAAAACCAAAAAAAAACAAUUCCCAAGUUGGACUCCACCCUUGGCCGGGCUUUUGAUUCGCUGUUCAACUUUUUGGCCUGGAACUUUUUUGUUUGCUUCGCGAGACCUGGCCGAGACGACGACGACGUUGGCGACUACUCCUGGGCCACAUUCCCUUUAAACGCCGCUCAGUACGCCGGCAGCUUUCUCCGCGUGCGUACGAGCACCACGCAGCCUCUGAAGCAGCAUCCUACUCUGUACGUAAAAAAAGUGAAAGAAACAGGACAGAAAGAUCACCUCAGGAUCGGCAGGCAGGCAGGUGAUCAUGUCGCCGGGGAUUCUGCCAACUUCCCCGCUGACCAAAUAUAUAUAUAUCACAAAAAAAAAUCCACUCAACUCGAGCCGCUUGAUUAAUUUCGCACACACGUCAACGAUAUUCAAAUAAGCAUCUCGUGUACUCAUCGUGGCCGCAAUAAAAAAGGCUUUAACUUUAACUACCUGCCAAAAGAAAUAAAGCAAAACAAAACAAAACAAAACAAAAACAAAAAACAAUAUAUAAAUACAACACUCUCUCUCCGGGAAAUAUAUUAAAAAAAAAAACGCCACGCACAUCUCAUUAUCGAGCAGCUCAACGGGCCAGAAUUUGGUUUGUUGCCGCUGCAUUUGGCGGCUUCAAUCGAUAUGCGUUUGCUCAUGGUAAUUGCAAUUUUAAUAUUCGCAAUGCCAAUGACUGGAUUCGGCUGGGCUGAGGGCACCAACAUCCUUCUCGAUCCCAAUCUAAUGUGCAAAAAGACACGUCGCCUGCGCGGCAAGCUGGCCGAAAUCUGCCGGCACGACUCGGCCCUGCUCAAAGAGAUCAUCAUCAAUGGCAUCAACCUGGGCUUCCGCGAAUGCGAGUUUCAAUUCCGCAAUCGCCGCUGGAACUGCACUGUUUUGCGCAAAAGCAUGAGGAAAAUCUUAAUGCGCGAUUCCCGGGAGACGGGUUUCGUGAACGCCAUCACUGCCGCCGGCGUGACCUAUGCAGUGACCAAGGCCUGUACGAUGGGCACGCUGGUGGAGUGUUCCUGCGACAAGGCCCACAUGCGACGUAAUGGCGGCCAGCCGGUAAUGGUCACUGCUGCCACUGCAGAGGCCACCUUGGAGCGACAGCAACAGGCAGCUUUGCUGCGCCAACAGUUGCCCCUGCAGGAUCAGCCGCAUGCCCAGCACCAGCGACUGAAUCGCCUUAACAACAUCACAGAUAUAUCUCCCCUGGAGCACAGAAACGGAAGAAAUCGAAGGCCUGGCGGGGGUAGAAGAGGACGUCGCAAAUUCUGGGACAACAUCAAGUUCCCAGAAGGACAGUGGGAGUGGGGUGGUUGCAGUGACAAUGUGAACUUUGGUCUACGCCAUUCGAGGGUUUUCCUAGAUGCCAAGCAGCGGCAGAGGAGGAGUGAUCUAGGGACACUGGUCAAGUUGCACAACAAUAAUGCGGGGAGAUUGGCCAUUCGUGAUGCCAUGAGGCUAGAGUGCAAAUGCCACGGCCUCUCGGGCUCCUGCACGGUGAAAACCUGCUGGCUAAAGAUGCCUCCCUUCCGGGAGGUGGCCGGACGCCUGCGGGAUCGCUAUGACAGUGCUCGUAAGGUGGCGUUGCGCAACGAUGGCAACAGCUUCAUGCCGGAAAAUCCUCGAGCGAGACCGGCGAAUAAGUACCAGCUAGUAUUUGCGGAUGAAUCGCCCGAUUUUUGUGCGGCAAAUCCAAAAACGGGAGCUCUGGGCACCCAGGGCAGGGAGUGCAAUGUGACCAGUCCGGGAUCCGAUCGAUGCGAUCGAUUGUGCUGCAAUCGAGGACACACCCGGCGUAUUGUCGAGGAGCAGACCAACUGCAGGUGCGUCUUCAAGUGGUGCUGCGAGGUGACCUGCGAAAAGUGCCUGGAGCAUCGAGCGGUCAAUACGUGCCUUUGAUUGAUCAAAUCAAAAAUUAUUAUAUUUGUAUUAUUUUCUUUCGGUUUAGUCAGGAAAAUAGAAUUUUGAAAGCUUUCCAUUUCGCGUGAUAGAAAAACAAACACACACACACUUACACAGAAAAAACGUUUUAAGUAUUAACUAACAAGUAAACACACGAGUAUCUCUAAUCUUUUAGCUAGUUGUAAAUACAAAUUAAAAAAACACACACAAAAAAGCACAUAAAAAUGCCUACGUUAUAUCAUAUUCAUAUGCAAUUCAUGUAAGCUUUGUAAAUAGUUGUAAUAAAAACAG